CAAUGGUAAAUAGUAGUGAGUUGCGUUCCCCUGCUUCCCGCUAGAUGGCGAUACUGUUCCCGGUCCAUCACAUCUCUUGUUUACAUUGGAUGCACAACGCAGCGAUUAACAAGAAACGUAAUAUAUAUACCGUCUCUAUAUACACGCGAAAUAUUAAUCAUGAGCGACUCAAAAUACGGCUCCAUGACAAUUAUAGAUCUUAAAAAUGAGCUAAGAAAAAGAAAUGCCAGGAUAACGGGACGAAAACAAGAACUGGUCGACAGACUGGAAGCAUAUGACAGAAACUUCAACUUCGGAAAAGUUGAUUACACUGACCCAGAAUUUUGUAUGCAACUUCCAAGUUACGAUACGUACGCUGACGUAAAUUCUGACACUUCCUUUUCUGGUUUGUCCAUGGAUACCGUUCAUAGUUAUUUUGGGAGGUUUGAGAAGAAAUUUGAAAAUCAUUUUAUUCACCUUUAUGACGACAAUUUCCUGACAUACUACCGUGUAUCCAUCAAUACAGCCUGUACAUUUAUUAAAGGAAACUGUCGUGCAGAGAUGAGAAAGGGUGUUUGUUACACAAUAGAUAUUAAAUUGAGCAAUGAAGGGUCUGUUCUGGAGGCCCAGUGCGAAUGUGCAGCAGGUAUGGGGCCUGAUACACAUUGUAAACAUGUAGCUGCAGUUAUGUAUGGUGCUGUUAUGUUUGCAAAGAAUAAAUUUAUCAAGACAGAGGAAACAUGUACACAACGUUUGCAAACAUUCCACAAGUCUAAAAGAUUCAAAGGCAGUCCCAUUAAAUCUGAUGACCUGAAUUUACCUGGUGCUGAUGAAUUAACAAAUAUUGCUGUUGACCCACGACCUGAAGAAUUCAGAAAUAAUCCAUCUUAUCCUCACUACUUUAGAAAUGUAUGUUUGAAUUUCUCAGGUAUUUCUAAGAUGCCCAUCUAUCAGACAUUUACACCAGCAAAUAUGAUUGCAGUAGCAAAUGACCAUGAUUAUCUUACAUUAUCUCCUGAAGACAACUUUUUGGAAAAAUUACAAAUUACAAAGAUAUCAUAUCUCCAAGUCAGCAACAAAAGGGCAGAGUCUAAACAAAACAUGGAAGGAGGAGAGAGCAAAACGUUUAACAUCUUCGAUAUUUGGUAG